UUGAUGCGAGAGGCUCAAAGAACAGCACCAAGUAUAAUUUAUAUCCCACAUAUCCAUUUGUGGUGGGAGGCUGUUGGAACGCCAUUGAAAGCUACUUUUACAUCACUAAUGCAGAACAUUCCAACGUUUGCACCGGUUUUGCUGCUUGCAACAUCGGAUGUGUGUCACGCCGAUCUCCCGAAAGAGAUAAAGGAAUUGUUUAUUAAUGAUUAUGAAGAAGUUUUUGAAGUCCAGUUGCCUAAUGAGCAAGCAAGAAGAAUGUUUUUUGAGGACUUGGUUGUGAAUCAAGCUGCUAAACCUCCUGCAUCAAGAAACAAUGCAGCUUGGCGGCCAUUGGAAGUACUACCUGUAGCACCGCCGCCUAAGCCUCGACAGCUAACAGAGGAAGAAAUAAGACAGCUGGAGGAGCAGGAGGAGGAUACGUUGCGUGAACUUAGGAUUUUCUUAAGGGAUGUGACUCACAGACUUGCCGUGGACAGACAUUUCAGAGCAUUUACAAAGCCUGUUGACCCAGAGGAGGUACCCGAUUAUGACACAGUUAUUAAACAGCCCAUGGACCUUUCGGCAGUUCUCUCUAAGAUUGACUUGCACCAGUACCUAACUGCAGGAGAUUUUCUAAAAGACAUUGAUCUAAUCUGCAGCAAUGCUUUAGAGUACAACCCAGAUAAAAAUCCUGGAGAUCGUCUCAUCAGGCACAGAGCUUGUGCUUUGAGAGAUACUGCAUAUGCCAUAGUGAGGGAAGAAAUGGAUGAAGAUUUUGAACAACGCUGUAAAGAAAUUCAAGACUCUCGUAAGGAAAGAGGUUGUAGCUCUUCAAACUACCACGUAACGCCAAAGCAGAACUCUGUUCCUGGGUGUAAGAAAACAGAGCCAAAGGGUAAUGAAAAACUGAAGAUGCCAGCAGCGCCUGUAGGUUCCAGUACACCCCGUUCGAACGCUACAUCAAAGAGAAAACUCACAAAAAGCACAGGGUCUUCAGGUAUCGCAACAAAGAGGAGGAAAUUUCAGUUCAAUAAAGAGAAUAAAGUUCCAGAAGACCAAAAUGAAGUCGAGAGUGAUGAAGAGGCUCCAGAAAAACAUGUUUCUAACAUGGAUCGCACUGACGUUGAGUCCUCACAGGAUUCUUCCGUGGAAGAGAAUGAAAACAUACUUCAAGAACGGCAGAAAAAUAGGACUGGAAAUAAACCUGGGACAGAAAAUGAAAGAGAGAGAGUUCUCCUUGUGGCUAAAUCUGCUUCUGAGAAGAAGAGUGUCAUGCCUCCGGAAGGUUCAGAGCUAAGAGAGGAGAGUGAAAUGCCGGAUUACCAGAUAGCAGAAAGUUCUGAAGAGGGAGAAUCAAACGAUUCAUGGGUACACUGUAGGACUCGUGCGAGGUGUUCUCAGGUAGACAAGCUACAGGUGAUGGAUGUCAAGAAAGUAACAGAAAAUCGCACACAGCCAGUGAUUGUGGAUUACUAUGUGCUCAAA